AUGACUUUCCCUAAAGUUGUUUCCCUCUCUUGGGGACAAACGAAAGUGCAAGGCUCUACCUCAACCUACAAGGAUUGCAAAGUAUGGUGGGGAGGCAGUCGGGCUUGGGACCUGAGAGAAACAGGAACUGAGCAUUCCCUUGGGGUUCAGCCUACAGAUGUGAAGGAAGUUGCUGAGAAGGGUGUGCAGACCCUGGUGAUCGGCAGAGGGAUGAGUGAGGUCUUGAAGGUGCCGCCAUUCACUGUGGAGUACCUUGAGAAACAAGGCAUCGAUGUACGGGUCCCCCAGACAGAGCAGGCGGUGAAGGGAUCAGAGUAG